AAUGAUAAACUUUUACAGCUCUUUUAAAAGCUGAAUUAUAGCGAUAUACGAUAUUGCCAAAACGUUAAUUUUCUCAAAAUAUCUUUUAUUUUUACAGAUGUGCAAUUUACUUCUCAUAGAUUUAUAUUUGAAAAGGUUGACUUUAAGUCUCACGUUACUAAAUGAACGCAAAUAUGUUUAGAACUAUGAGACCUAAUAACGGAAGACUUUGGGCUAAAGUUAAUAAUGAUAAAUUCGAGAUAAGAUCUUUAACACAAGAUAAAUUAGAGGAAGCUUUAAAUAUACUUGAUGCCUCAUUCUUUUUAAAUGAAUCUGUUUGUAAUGGUUGUGAAAUAAAUUUACCAGAAAAUCGGCAAUCCCGUUUGGAAUUACGUGAACUUUGUCGCAUCACAGCAGAAGAUGGAGUUUCAUUAGUGGUAGUUGAGGCUACGAGUGGAAAAAUUGUAUCAGUUGCAUUUAAUAAAAUACAAUUCUUACCAGAUAAUAAUGAGGAGCCAUUUUUUAUAAAAUUUCGCAAUGAAAGUACUCACAGUAUACAGGCUCAAGCCUUAAUGGAUUUCAUGAUAGAGGUCGAUGGAAAAGUCGAUGUGUUUAGCAUGUUCAAAAUCGAUAGUCUAUGUGAACUUAUGUUUCUGGCGACAUUGCCUGACUAUGAACGAAAUGGAUUUGGGAAUAUGGUUACAAAAUAUACAAUAGAAUUGACACGUGAACUCUCCCAAGGAAUUGGUUUAGAUGAUAUAAAUCCAGAUCUACGCACAAAGCGUCCAAAAGCUGUUACAGCCAUUUUUACUUCAUUAUUCUCACAAAAAAUUGGUAAACUAAAUGAUUUUCAGAUUCUGAGUACUAAUCCUUAUACCGAAUUUAUUUUCAAUGGAAAAACUUUCGAUCAACGCAUAAAUCCUAUGCAUAAAAAUUCUCACCAUGUAGUACUUCUAAUCUAAACUAUUGAAUUUAUGUUAAUAUUCUUAGAAAUUGAAUUAAUAAAUGUAUGUAGUUAAAAAACA